AGAAAACAUGCUCUUUCCCACCCCUAUUUAGGUUUCUCCCCCACACCCUAGAUAAGCAUUCUUUCCCACAACCCUAUAUAGACAUUCUUUCCCACACCCCAUGACCCCACACUCUUUGAAGAUAUAUUCUCCCCCACCCCCUGAAAAUAUCCCCCUGCAAAGGCAGACAUGCCACCAAAUCUGUCAGAAAAAACAUGCCCCCACAUGCCCCCACCUCCAGAAAAAACAUGCCCCCACAUGCUGCAAAAGCAGUUGGGGGGGGGGGGGGACUUGAUGGAAGAAGGCAGUGAAUGUUUUUGUCUCUAUUUCAGGACCUGAUAGUUCUUAAAGAUGGCUUGAAUAUCCUUCUACCUAAAGUAUGUUAAAAUGAAGAAAAUAAUUGCACUUCAAAGUUGUACAUAUAAUGGUUGUUGUUUUGUUGACUGAUAAUAAGAGUCUAAAUGGAGCAUUGUUUUAAUCUAGUUGGCAAGAUGUUGUGAAAGACUGUCAAAGUUUGCCAAUGAACACAAAUCUCUUCCAACGCUUGGUUUCACUCAUUUCCAGUUAGUAUCUUGUUUUUUUAAUACACUUCAGUGUUUCAACUCACUGUAAUAUACUCCUUGUCAUGUAUGAUAUUCUUACAGGCCAGCACAGUUAACAACAGUUGGCAAGAGAGCAUGUCUGUGGAUAUCUGACCUGCUUCAGGACCUUGCAAACUUGAUGCAUGUCAAAGAAAACUUGAAAUUUCGAGGUGUGAAAGGAACUACUGGGACUCAGGCCAGUUUCUUAGCUUUAUUUGAUGGUGAUCAUGAAAAGGUGUCUACAUUAACUAAACUAACUUUAUUUAUACUUCAUAGUUCUAUCAGUUCAAGGCUGUUCUCCCUAGAGAUCCAGUAAGGAUUAUCUCUUAUUGAUCCAGUGUUAUUACAGGAGGAAACCUAAAUUAACUUUAUUUAUACUAGAUAGCUCUGUCAGUUCUAAACUGUUCUCCCUAGAGGUCCAGUAAGAGUCAUCUCUUAUUGAUCCAGUGUUACUACAGGAGGAAACCUAAACUAAACUAACUUUAUUUAUACUGGAUAGCUCUAUCACUUCUAAACUGUUCUUUCUAGAGGUCCAGUAAGGAUCAUCUCUUAUUGAUCCAGUGUUACUACAGGAGGACACUGGAUUGGUAAAGUCACUGAAGACAUACAUACAUUUUCAUCAUACUAGGUUGAAAAGUUGGAUGAAUUAGUCACAAACAUGGCAGGAUUUAAGAAUGCGUAUAUUAUCACAGGACAAACCUACAGUCGUAAAGUUGACUUGGACAUUUUGAAUGUUUUGGGAAGUUUAGGGGCAUCUGUGCACAAGGUGAGCUCUCUGGUUUUAAGGCUUUGACUUUGUGAUAUGGUAAAAUAUGGGAAAUAUAUUAAAAUUUGUAUUCAUUUUAAAGAUCUGCACAGACAUUCGAUUGCUAGCAAGUAUGAAGGAAGUUGAGGAACCUUUUGAGAAAAAUCAAAUAGGUAAAGUCACAGCUCAUUGGGUGAAGUGAAACCCUUGAAAAGCAUCCACAGAAUUCCUUUCCUGAAGCAAGAAAAUAGUUCAAUAGUUGUCCUCCCUUGAAUGUCCAAUAAGAGCCAUCCUUAUUGGAUAUUGAUCUGGUGUUACUACAGGAGGAAGCUGUUUUCUUCUCAGACAUGUAAAAACAGAGGUUAAACGAACAUACACUCUGGCACUUGGAAAUAAAAUGAAGAACGGCCAGUGUACUUGUAGGUGGAGACGUUAACAGACAGGUCGAUGAGGGCUUCGCUCGUAAUGUUAAAUAUUUAUAGAUUUCAUGUAGUCGUAUAUGCUACACAUUGCAGCAGAUCUCAAGUAAAAUUUCGGCGUAAUUCUGUUGGUCUAGGUUCAAGCGCAAUGCCGUACAAACGUAAUCCAAUGCGGAGUGAAAGAUGUUGCAGCUUAGCUCGUCAUUUGAUGAGCCUGGUUGCAAAUGCUCAACAGACUGCUGCGCUACAGUGGCUGGAAAGAACGUUAGAUGACAGUGCGAACAGGAGGAUUUCUUUGGCUGAGGCAUUUCUUACUGCUGAUAUUAUCCUCAAUACAUUGCAGAAUGUGUCUGAAGGACUUGUUGUUUAUCCCAAGGUGAGCGGAGACGAAAUGAAGGAAAGAAAGACCGAACAAAUAAGCCCUGGAUCAAACGAGGAUCACGUGACCUUCGUUAAGCUGGGCUAAUACGAGCAACAAAAUUGCUGCAACUAGCAACAAAAUCUGAUUUCAACGCAUGUUAAGUAGAAAUGUUGACACAUGUUGCCUCGUGAUUUGUAAUGUUUGUGUGAACAUUUUCAAUUAACAUGAAAUCAGAUUCCGCCGCAAGUUGCAGCAAUUUUGUUGCCCGUAUUACUCCACCUUUAGCUGUUGUUAAUGCUUUCCCAACACUAUCAUGUGAGAUGUCCCUGCAACAUUGCAUGACUGUCAACUUGGCUUGAAAGCUUCAUGUUAAGUCUUAGCUUGAAAGCUUCAUGUUAAGUCUUAGCUUGAAACCUUCAUGUUAAGUCUUAGCUUGAAAGCUUCAAAGUCUUAGAUUGAAAGCUUCAAAGUCUUAGCUUGAAAGCUUAGUUCGACAAUAUUCACGGCAUUAAUCUUCAUUCAUGCUAGGUGAUUGAACGACAUAUUAAACAAGAACUUCCUUUCAUGGCUUCAGAAAACAUCAUCAUGGCAGUUGUCAAGAAUGGAGGUGAUAGACAGGUAAAACUAACUUUAUAUUCAUGAUAUUUUCUGUGGUGGUGUAAUGUAGUCAGGUGAAUAAGAUGCUUGUGAUGUUACUCUGAGUGUAUAUAUAUCCACACCGGGCAGGCUUGAAAAAUAUGCCUGGUGUGGAUAUACACUCAGAGUAACAUCAUAUAUUAGCGGAGACACUGUUUUUUCAGGCUGCAUGGGGUUUUUUAGGGUCAAUGUUUUCAGGAUCGAUGUUUUCAGGGUCAGCAGCUAAAAGCUAAACCGAAAAAAACGGUUUUAAAAUAAAACCAGAAAAAAGGGAACCGCUAAGCCUACCAUGUACAUGCUUUAUUGAAGGUUGUUCUCAGCCAUUACUGUAAUCACUUGCUCCAUGGAUAUAUUCAAACAUUUCUUCGCCUUUCAGAAGUCUUAUUCCUUGCAGGAGUGUCAUGAGAAGGUGCGUGUUCUUUCUCAACAAGCUGCGUCUGUUGUAAAAACUGAAGGCGGGGAUAACGAUUUGGUGGAAAGAAUAAUGAACGAUGAUUAUUUUAAAGUUGUUCAUGAUAAACUUGAUCAAAUUCUUGAUUCAAAGACUUUCAUUGGCAGAGCACCGGAGCAGGUAUUCUGAAUUUUGAUCUAGACAAGAAGAACGAAAUCCAUUACCACAGCUAGAAAGAGCAUUUUAAAAAAGUGGUUAUUUUUAUCGCGCGUAAUACAAAUUGUGAACUUCACAGGGCUACAUUUUCUUCAGUUUACAACAUAUCUAGCAACCAAACUUUGCAGUUUUACUCAUUCUAAGACACUUUUUCUAGCUGUGCUGUUGGACAUCGUUCUUCUUGCCUCGAUCAAAAUUUAGUCUAUAGCUGCAAUCACCCAUUUGUCGGGAUAAUUCGUCUUGGUACUCUUGCGUUUACACAAAAACGGUGGCCUGUUUCUAGUAUUUUCCUUUGCUUCGCAGGUUACAAAGUUUUUGCAGGAAGAAGUUGAACCAAAGUUAAAAGUGUUUGAAGGAAAACUGGAUGAAAAAGCCACAAUCAAUGUAUGAUGAUGGAGAAGAUAAUGUUUGAUGAUGAAGAAGAUAAUGUUUGAUGAUGAAGAAUGUAGGUCUCGUUGUGUGAAAUAUAAAAAGAAUAAUUUAAUUUUUCGGAUGUCCACAUUAUUCGAACGUCGUUUUCUGAUCAGCAAAGCUGGAAAAAAUGGGAUCUCUGGAUUUCUUAAUGGUCGGUCAAACCCAAAAUAUAAUAUGAUUUAUUCUAAAUUCAUCUUAUAUAACUAAAUACAUAUUUAUACAAAUACUACAGUAAUAAUUGGAUCAUUUCUUGGUUGCUCUAACUUCGUUAAGUAUUUUUGGCAUAAGAUUUCUUGAAGUACACAGGCUUUGAAAGUAACUUUGCAUCUGUGCCAAAACUGUGGAAACACUUGCAAGAAUCUUCUCCUGUGAGAAAAGGAAAAUAUUCAUGAUUACUGAAUCUCUGAAAGUGGAUUACAGGACUUGCAGGUGGGGGAAUUAAGGCGGGAGAACGGCACGCAGGCGGAAAAACGGACGGGCAACAAAGGCUCCACAUCAGAUAAAAAAUAGGUACACCAAAGUGUACAUGAAUUUCUGUUUUAUAUUAAAAAAGUGGAUCAUGGACCACCCAUUUCAUUCCUUACCAUUUCACCAUUUUCCAAAGAGAAUUGAGUACUCCAUGUUAAAUUUUCCAUGUAAGUUGUUAGGUUACUGAGAACACUUGCAAGACAAGGUAUGGCAUCCACGACAUAUCUGAAAUGAAAAAUUUAAUUAUCCUAGAUUCAUUCUGAGGCAUUAUAGUUAGGAUAAGACUUGCUGUUUCACAUACAGGU